CCUCACACAGUGCUUUGAGUUGGUACCGUGUCUGUGCUGAUCAUAAUGUCGUAUUUUAAAGAUUUUGUUGGGUUAACGGCGUAAAUACCGUCAUAACAGCAUAAAGACCUUCUCUUCAAUGGCCAUGCUGUGGUCAAAGAUCUCUGCUGUUCUGCCUGUUAAUGAGGAACAGUUUCCACUGCACUUCAGUGACAAAGUGGAGUCGAGUGUGGUGGAAAUGCUGAAACGGUCCAGGCAGCAGCUGUACAGCGACGCUACAAGUACCAGCCGAAUGCUUAAUGCUCAGAUCAUUUUGGACUAUUCGUGGGAGAAACUCAACACGGGAACCUGGCGCCACGUGGACAAAGAAUGGCGACGUGUUUAUUCUUAUGGCUGCCUGUUCAAAGUGGCCGCUCUGUGUUGUGAAGAUCCGUCAGUAGACGAGGUCCUGCAGGCUGUAAGGACUUGUGACAUGGGUUUACUAAUGGGUGCAGCCGUCCUGGAUAACAUCCUGCAGGUUAUUGUUCGCAUUCUGCAGAGUGAAGUCAGGAAAUCCACUAAAGAAGAAGAUGAAUGUGAACAUGCUGAGGUCAAGAGAAUAAAGAUCGGCUGCCCACAUGUUCCUGUGAUCAAAGAAGAGUUGGCAGUUCCCAGGAUGAAGUGUCCUUCACUGGAGAGCUUCAACACAAACUACCUGCUCCCCCUCAAACCAGUGAUUUUAGAAGGCAUCAUUGACCACUGGCCCGCCCUCAACGAACACCCCUGGAGCAUAGAAUACUUAAGAUCUGUUGCUGGGUGUCGGACUGUUCCUGUUGAGGUGGGAUCCAGGUACACAGACGAGGAAUGGUCACAAACGCUGCUUACGGUCAAUGGAUUCAUCGAUCGAUACAUUUUGAAUAAAGAUGGAGGAAAAGCUUUGGGUUACCUCGCUCAACACCAGCUUUUUGAUCAGAUACCAGAGCUGAAGGAUGACAUCCGCCUCCCUGAUUAUUGCUGCCUUGGCGAAGGAGACGAAGACGACAUUACUGUAAACGCGUGGUUUGGGCCCGGAGGCACAGUGUCUCCACUUCACCAAGACCCUCAGCAGAACUUCCUGGCUCAGGUGGUGGGAAGCAAAUACAUCCGCCUAUAUUCCCCAGAGGACACAGACAAGCUGUACCCUCAUCAAUCCCAGCUCCUUCACAAUACCAGUCAGGUGGAGGUGGAGAAUCCAGACACAGAGCGAUUCCCGCAGUUUGCCAAGGCUCCGUAUCUCGAAUGUGUGUUACAGCCUGGAGAAGUGCUGUUCAUCCCUGUCCGGCACUGGCAUUACGUCCGAUCCCUAGAGCUCAGCUUCUCUGUCAGCUUCUGGUGGUCAUGACUGCAGAUCCAGAAUAAAACAAGAAGUUCUGCAGCCUCUCCACCACGAAGAAGCAGAGCGUUCCAGCAAAGCCCAGGAUGACCAUCAGCAGGAGCUGCCACAUCAACAGGACGUAACCGCUGUAGAAGAACGCCACCGCUGCAAAAAUGGACUGACAGAAGGGGAAUGGGUUUUAUUUUGUUGUUUGAUGCAGGAACUCCCACAGCACUGGACCAAAGCUAACCCCUGGACUGUAGGAGCAAGAUUAUAUUCUCAAUCCCACACUGCUAUGUCAAACUAACAGAUCCCAAUGGUGCAUUUGCUGUCAUAAACAUUCACUUAACCCCUUCCCAAUGCAGAGAUUGUCCAACCAUUAGCAGCCGUGUGGAGCUUUGGUGUCUGUGCAUGUUAAAGCUGUGUUCAUGUGGCUGUAGUAAGAGCAAAACUCCAUUUACAGUAUUGGCGUAUGUUUUCCUUUUCUUUACACCAAAAACACAUGAGCAAAAGUGUAAGGAAUUGCUCUAGUUGGCAUGUCACGCUAACUAUCUUACGACUUACAAUAGCAAGCUAACAGCACUACGUUGUGGGUUUACAGGUCAUGUUAGAAAAAUCCCUGCUCAGGACUAAAUCAUGUACCUCAUUGGAUUCAGAUGGCACGAUAUCAGUGCUGGUGUUUGGUUAAGGGACAUUUAGAAAAAACGAACAUUAAAGCAUAAAUUUACCCACAGUGUUGCCUGUCCAAGUAGUAUGCUGCUCCUUAUCGACAUGUUUUCUGUAUUAAAAUGUUUGCUAGAGGAGUUUUUAACUAACUCACAGAGUUUUAAUGUUAGCAUUAGCUUACAGUGCUAGCUACGGCCGAUCAAAUUUGCUAGCAACAGUUCAGCCAACAAAAUCCAUGAUUGUUGAUUGAAAGCUGAUGGUGAACGUCGUGGUGCAAGUUUCGUAAAUUGAACUUUAACUGUUUUGUGUUCAGUCUGAUUCAUGCAUCUUACGAAAAGCCAAUGGCAUUUUUCCGGUUAUUAGAUAUUGCAACAUGUUUAUUUAACUAUUAUUUGUACGUAAUAUAUAUAAUUUGCAAUUUACUGUUAUGUUCAUGGUAAUGGUUGUCAUAGGUUUGAUUGGCUGUAUCAAGACAAAUUCUCUACGUAUGUAGGCGGAUACCACUGUAUCCAUUAAUAGAAGAUAUAAUUAGAACAGUAUUUCAUCAGAUGAAUGCGACAGUAGGGGGCGCCAUCAUGAAAUAAAAAAAUAUAUAUGAAUUUGUCCUUUUUGUUUUCAAGAACAAGUGACUGGCAGCACAGAUAUGUACAAAUGCAACUUCAUUUCAGUUGAACUUUAAGAAAAUACCACAAUUUCUAAGAUUUACUUCUUGGAGACCAAUUUUGCAGCAAAGAAAAGGGGGAGAUUAAGUGGAGGCUGUGGGUCUGAUUCUUUUCCUUUUUAAUGGGGCUUCAGGUGAAUUUAUGAAAUGCUGGACAAGACAACAUUUUAACCCAGCUUCGCUCAGCUCUGCUAACAAUGUCUGAGAAUUGGCAACUCAGGAUUACCUGGAUGAAUUUAAAGAUGGCAAACGCAGGCGUGCUUUGUUCAGCAUAAACACGGCCUAAUAUGCUGUAGAGCUGUGUGUUGAAGCAACUGUCCCCAAGUCCAAGCAAGAAGCUGCACAGCAGGGCGAUGGAUACGCUGAGACAGAAAAUAUACUUCUCAUUAAACCGAACAGAA